AUGUUGGGUGCUGUGGGACGGUGCUGCAGUGGGGCUCUGCAGGCUUUAAAGCCUGGCAUCAACUCUCUGAAAACCAUCAGUGGCAGGCAUGCAGCCCUUUAUCCGACUGAGGUCAUUGAUGUGACUGACCUUUCAGGCAGGGGUUACGCUGCCCCGGCUGCUAAGGCUGCCAUUGCCAACGGCCGCAUUGUGGCUGUGAUCGGUGCUGUGGUGGAUGUUCAGUUCGAUGAAGGCCUUCCUCCCAUUCUCAAUGCGCUGGAGGUGGCUGGCCGGGAGAGCAGGCUGGUGCUGGAGGUGGCGCAGCACCUGGGCGAAAACACAGUCAGGACGAUUGCCAUGGAUGGAACGGAGGGUCUGGUCCGUGGUCAGAAGGUUCUGGACACUGGAGCCCCCAUCAGGAUCCCAGUUGGCCCCGAGACCUUGGGGAGGAUUAUGAAUGUGAUUGGGGAACCCAUUGAUGAGAGGGGUCCAAUAAGUACUAAACAAACUGCACCUAUUCAUGCUGAAGCCCCUGAGUUCACAGACAUGAGUGUUGAGCAGGAGAUCCUGGUGACUGGCAUCAAAGUGGUCGACCUGCUAGCACCUUACGCCAAGGGUGGAAAGAUCGGUCUGUUUGGCGGUGCCGGAGUUGGGAAGACUGUGUUGAUUAUGGAGUUGAUCAACAACGUGGCAAAGGCGCACGGUGGUUACUCCGUGUUUGCUGGAGUGGGAGAGCGAACCCGCGAGGGAAAUGACUUGUACCAUGAGAUGAUCGAGUCUGGUGUCAUUAAUCUGAAGGACACCACCUCAAAGGUGGCGCUGGUGUACGGGCAGAUGAACGAGCCUCCGGGUGCUCGUGCCAGAGUUGCUCUGACUGGUCUGACGGUUGCUGAAUACUUCCGUGACCAGGAGGGACAGGACGUGCUUCUCUUUAUUGACAACAUCUUUCGGUUUACUCAGGCUGGAUCAGAGGUGUCUGCCCUGUUGGGUCGCAUCCCCUCAGCCGUGGGUUACCAGCCGACUUUGGCCACAGACAUGGGCACAAUGCAGGAGAGAAUCACCACCACAAAGAAGGGCUCCAUCACCUCUGUGCAGGCUAUCUAUGUGCCUGCUGAUGAUCUGACGGAUCCUGCCCCGGCCACAACUUUUGCUCACUUGGAUGCAACGACGGUGCUGUCUCGGGCGAUUGCAGAGCUCGGUAUCUAUCCUGCUGUGGAUCCUCUGGAUUCUACCUCCCGCAUCAUGGACCCCAACAUUGUUGGGGCUGAACACUAUGAUGUUGCUCGUGGUGUGCAGAAGAUUCUUCAGGCAAGCUUUGGGUUGGAUGACUAUAAAUCACUGCAGGACAUCAUUGCUAUCUUAGGUAUGGAUGAGUUAUCUGAGGAAGACAAACUGACUGUAGCUCGUGCACGCAAGAUCCAGCGCUUCCUGUCUCAGCCAUUCCAGGUGGCAGAAGUCUUUACCGGCCACAUGGGUAAACUGGUCCCUCUCAAGGAAACGAUUAAAGGCUUCCAAAGCAUUCUGGGAGGUGAAUAUGAUGCUCUGCCAGAACAAGCUUUCUACAUGGUGGGUCCCAUUGAAGAAGUCAUCCAGAAGGCUGAGAAACUGGCAGAGGAGCAUUCAUAA